AGGAGUCUACAUGCAGUUUACACACUGCAUUCCUCUGUUACUGAUUUCAAACUAAUUCCUACAACCUGAACAAAGAGGGAUACCAGCAAAGGGCUCACUAUCAUUCAAGAUAAACUAAGAAAGAAUGAAUAUUUUAACUUGAAGCAAGAACAGAAGAGAAAAUAACAAAGAGGUGGGGUUAAGCCUUAAAAGGUUCGCGCAGCAGUUGUGUUCGUGAGAUCCCGCGGACCCCUCGGCUCGUGCCUUCGUGUGUUUUUUGUCCUCCGUCACUGUGGUGCAGGGCUCCGGCCCGGUGUCCGAGCAGACACAGCUGCUGAGAAACGUUUGAGAAAUGUGUCACCCGUGUGCGGCGGAGGCGAGAGACACCAUCUUUAAUAAAACAGAUAAACCAUCAUGAUUCCCAUCACAGAGCUCCGGUACUUUGCUGACACCCAGCCGGCAUACCGUAUCCUGAAGCCAUGGUGGGACGUUUUCACAGACUACAUCUCAAUCGUCAUGCUGAUGAUUGCGGUGUUCGGUGGUACGCUGCAGGUCACGCAGGACAAGAUGAUCUGCCUGCCUUGCAAGUGGGUGGUCAACAAGUCCUGCGAGACCAUGCCCGUCCCAAAUGUAAGCACCGCUUACGCACCGGAACCCAAAGGCAUUCAGUAUGACCUUGACCGUCAUCAGUAUAACUAUGUCGAUGCAGUGUGCUACGAGAACGAACUCCACUGGUUUGCCAAAUAUUUCCCUUAUCUGGUGCUACUCCACACCCUUAUCUUCCUGGCCUGCAGCAACUUCUGGUUCAAGUUCCCCCGCACAAGCUCUAAACUGGAGCACUUUGUCUCCAUCCUCCUCAAGUGCUUCGACUCCCCGUGGACAACAAGGGCUUUGUCUGAGACUGUGGUGGAGGAGAGCGACCCCAAGCCUCAUGGGAAAAUGAACGGUUCGAUGGAUAAGAAGGCUUCAUGUGUGAGCGAGGAUGUUGAAGCUAGCGUGCCCAUGCUCCAACGAACAAAGUCCAGAAUUGAACAAGGAAUUGUAGAUCGCUCUGAAACUGGAGUUUUAGAUAAAAAGGAAGGAGAGCAAGCCAAAGCCCUUUUUGAGAAGGUGAAGAAGUUCAGGAUCCAUGUAGAGGAGGGUGACAUAGUAUACCGUCUUUACAUACGUCAAACCAUCAUCAAAGUAAUCAAGUUUAUAUUGAUAAUUAGCUACACAGCCUACUAUGUACACUACAUCAGGUUCAGUGUGGUGUGCACAGUGAACAUACAGAAACUAACCGGUUACAGCACGUUCUAUUGUGCUCACCCGUUAGCCACUCUUUUUAAGAUAUUGGCCUGUUUCUACAUCAGCUUGGUGGUGGUUUAUGGUCUUAUCUGCAUGUACACUCUUUGUUGGAUGGUCAGCCGCUCCCUCAAACGAUACUCCUUUGAAUCGAUCCGCGAGGAAAGCAGCUAUAGCGACAUCCCUGACUUGAAGAACGAUUUUGCCUUCAUGCUACACAUGAUAGAUCAGUACGAUCCUCUUUACUCCAAGCGCUUUGCUGUGUUUCUGUCAGAGGUGAGCGAGAACAAGCUGAGGCAGCUGAACCUGAACAACGAGUGGACGUUGGAGAAGCUGAAGCAGCGCAUCACAAAGAACUCCCAGGAUAAGCAGGAGCUGCAUCUGUUCAUGCUCAGCGGCAUCCCAGACACUGUAUUUGAUCUGGUUGAGCUGGAAGUGCUCAAGCUGGAGCUCAUCCCGGAUGUAACUAUCCCACCAAUCAUCGCCCAGCUUUCCAAUCUGAGGGAGAUGUGGCUCUAUCACACACCAGCUAAAAUCGAGGCUCCAGCUCUUGCUUUCCUGAGAGAGAACCUAAAGUCUCUUCACAUCAAGUUCACAGACAUCAAGGAGAUCCCGCUGUGGAUCUACAGCCUCAAGAACCUCAGCGAGCUGCACCUAACCGGGAACCUGAGUGCUGAGAACAAUCGUUACAUCGUCAUCGACGGCCUUCGGGAGCUCAAAAGGCUCAAAGUGCUUCGUUUGAAGAGCAACCUGACCAAGCUGCCACAGGUGGUGACGGAUGUGGGCGUGCACCUACAAAAGCUCUCCAUUAACAACGAGGGGACCAAGCUGAUGGUGCUCAACAGCCUGAAGAAAAUGGUCAACCUGACCGAGCUUGAGCUUGCUCGCUGCGACCUCGAACGCAUUCCACACUCCAUUUUUAGUUUGCACAACCUGCAGGAGAUUGACCUGAAGGACAACAAUCUGAAGACGAUCGAGGAGAUCAUCAGCUUCCAGCACCUGCACCGGCUCGUGUGCCUGAAGCUGUGGUACAACCAGAUCGCCUACAUCCCCAUUCAGAUCGGAACGCUCACCAACUUGGAAAGGCUGUAUCUGAACAGGAACAAGAUCGAGAAAAUCCCCAGCCAGCUUUUCUUCUGUCGCAAGCUGCGCUUCUUAGAUCUGAGUCACAACAAUCUGACCAGCAUCCACGCUGAUGUCGGCUUCCUGCAGAACCUGCAGUACUUCGCUGUGACAGCAAACAGGAUCGAGACUUUGCCCCCAGAACUGUUCAAGUGCAAGAAGCUGCGUACUCUGAAUCUGGGAAACAACUGCCUGCAGACGCUGCCGUCACGCUUCGGGGAACUCACCGGUUUGACCCAGCUGGAGCUGAGAGGGAACCGCCUCGAGUGUCUCCCGGUGGAGCUCGGCGAGUGUCGGCUGUUGAAGAGGAGCAGUCUGGUGGUGGAGGAGGAUCUGUUCAACACGCUGCCAACGGAAGUCAAAGAACAGCUUUGGAGGGCCGAUAAGGAGCAAGCUUGAGCUAAACUUCUGUGGAAAGCUACAGAGGAGUGAGGUUUGAUUUCAGAUCACAUGAUCAAGUGAUAUUGUUUGCAGCAGUGUCAGCCAAGCAGGCCCAGAAAAGUGAUGGCUUGUUUGACUGGUGCUUUGGGGCUUCCUGGUGGGACACAUAAAAGCAAGGGAUGUCAAAUUUCAAGACCUGCAAGGAUUUCUUUAUGUGAAUCACAAGGAAUAAUCUCGAUGAUGAACGCUGGUUCAGUAAUGGGGCUUUUCUGUAAUAUCAUCCUGAAUAUAAAGCUGCAAGGAUGCAAGCAGGCGAUGUCGCAUAUGCAUGCCACUGUAGGACCUUGCUAAAGCAAACCUGUUCAUAAGAGAGCUGAAAAAAAAAACUUAGCAUGAUUCAGCCUUGCCAGUGAGCUAAAUGUGCUCACUAUCACAUCUCUGCUGAUCAUGGGAUACAUGCACAAAUUGAAAAUGCUCGAAGCAGUGUUUGCCUGAACUUCCUUUGGCCUUGAGACUCAAAGUUUUGAAAUUUUUACACUUACAUUUGCCGCGCCCCAUGUGGCUCAAACCUGACAAAUGUUAGUAAAUAUAUUAUAGUGCGACCGACAGCCAGUGUGUCCAGGCAUGAAGGUUUGAUCCUGUUAUUUCCUUCAGGCUCUCUGUAUACUCAACACGCUCAGAGGCAUCUUUUUAUGUGAACAAAAUUAAUCCAUGAUGGCCAACAAUCAACGGACCAUCCCACAGCUGAUCUCACAGCUUAGGCCUUAACUCAGAACUGAUGAAACAACAUCAGAGAAAACAAUAGUGGACGAACUCUACAGUACAUUGUCUAAAUACCCUGCAGCUGUUAAUUUAUAACAUCAGUCAGUGUGGCAGGCGAUUUCUUAGCUGUGUGGGAGCUGUGGUUGAAGCACACUUUUUAAUUUGCUUUUUGAAACAUGUCUUAAUUAGGCACGUCAAACAGGCUUUACUUUAUUUUAUAUGACAUAACACAACAUGCAUUAUUGGUGUGUAUUGUGUUUUUUGAGACUGAUUGUGAUUGCACCUAUUGAAACAAGGUUAAGUUAUUUUAUCUUCAAGAUACAUCAUAUGGUACUUUCAAAUGCUACCACACAUUGGUAUCACGUUUGGGCCUGUGAAGGAGGCUGCGUUGCGAUUGGUUCAGCUUUCAAGUGAGACGCAGUCAAAGUCCAAUAAGUGACUGAAUGCCACACAUUUUUACAUAGCCAUUGAUUUGCUGUUUUUGUGUAACUUUUAUUUUAAGCUGCUUAUGGAACAUAUAGUCAAAUAGUUGAUCUCAAGUGACCUUUGUUUAAUUGAAGUCUGAAAUGUAUGUUGCUUCACAUACUAGAUUGUAGUUACACAAGGUGUCCUCCUGCUGACAGGAAGUAGACUGUCCCUGAAUUAGAGAUGCACAAUAAUGUCAGCUUGUCGUCAGUAUCGGCUGAUAUUGGCAUCAAAAUGAAAUAUCUGAAUUGGCAAACAUGCUGAUUUCCGCCGAUAUCACAAACCGAUAUUUUUUUAAAUCAUUAUUGACAUUGUGAACAUUUAAAAAACAUGA